AUGUCGAAAAUCAGGAAAAAGUUAGUCAUCGUCGGCGAUGGUGCUUGUGGAAAGACUAGCCUUCUGUUUGUGUUUUCUCAAGACGCAUUCCCCGGAUUUUACACUCCAACCGUUUUCGAGAAUUAUGUCGCUGACAUUGAAGUCAACGGGAAAAUGGUGGAGCUUGCCUUAUGGGAUACGGCCGGACAAGAGGCAUAUGACAGACUGCGACCACUGUCUUAUCCCGACUCCGAUGUUAUCCUGAUGUGCUUUUCCAUUGAUAGUCCGGAUAGUUUGGAGAACAUUCCGGAAAAAUGGUCUCCUGAAGUAAGACAUUUCUGCGGCCAUACGGUACCAGUCAUUUUGGUUGGUAACAAGAAAGAUUUGAGACACGACAAAAGUGUGAAGAACGAGUUAUCGAAGUUGAAGCAAGCGCCGGUAUCAAGCGAAGAGGGGCGUGUGAUGUCUGAAAGGAUCAAAGCUUAUUCUUACAUGGAAUGUUCUGCUAAAACUAGAGAGGGAGUCAGAGAUGUGUUUGAAACAGCCGCGAAGGCUUCCCUGAAAAAAACGCCACGCAGGCCUCAAUCAUGGCGUAAAUGUAGUAUAUUAUAGCUAUAAAGACUUAAAAAACUGAUGUAUUUAAAACGGCAGCGAAGGCUGCAGUGAAAAAAAAAAAAAAAAAAUAUGUAAAUGUAGUAUAUUAUAGCUAUAAAGACUUAAAAAACUGAUGUAUUUAAAACGGCAGCGAAGGCUGCAGUGAAAAAAAAAAAAAGAAAAUAUACAGAAGAAAAUGCAGCAUAAUAUAGGAGAAUAACAUUUAAAGGUAUAUUAUAGAACUUUGUCAUAACUGAAUGACCAAUUAUUACAUAGAAAUAUGUUAAUAGCAACAUCUAUAUCCUCCCUGAGUUUUCGGGCUCAAGCUUUGUAGUGUAAUUAGUACAGCGCAGAAACGUUCUGCAUGCAAUUGGCCAUUGUUUUUGUCACCUUUAUUAUUAGUUUAAAAAAAACUCCCAGUAUGGUAGUUUUAUAUGGUUUCAAUCAGAAUAAGAAAAUGUAUUCGGAAGAACUGAUUAUUUUCUUAUUUACUUUUACUUUUUUUACGUCUGAUGAUUUAAUUAACGAAAAAAAAUGCUUAAUUCCCCCACCCCCCCCCCCACCGCCAACUCCCCCUUCCAUGACAAAAAAAAAACACAAACAAACAAAAAAAACGAUAACGUAUCGUUCGGUUCUUUUUGGAAGUGUCUCAUGACCAAACUUAAAGUUAAUCAAAAGGAUUCAAAAUUGUUAUCUUUUGAUGCGCUUUGGCUGACCACGUGAGAUUUGUUCUCGUUGAAAAUUACGAAUUUUAGACACUCGGAACUGCUUGUAUGAGAUGUUUUGUAAAACUGCACAUAAUCGUGAAUGUGAUGAAUAUAAUAUGAUUAAAUGAUGAUGAUAUUAAAGGAAAUUACUGCAAAUAAACGAGUUCCAGAAAAUAUUCAUUACCCCCCCCGCCCCCUCCCCAAGGAAGGUAACGUAAAUUCCGAGGGCAGGAGAGGGGUGCAAAAGGUGGCGAUUUCCGAGGGGGUGGCUUUUAUCUGGGAAAUGAAAGAAGGUAAAUAUACAAUGACCCUCUCUAAGAUUCAGGUCUGUGCAAAUUUUCACAUGCGAUACAUUAUUCGGAGAAAUGUUUUGGCUAAAUUUACAGAGUUUUGAAUGGUGACCCCAUGUUAGUGCAUGCCCCUCAGACAUGGCUGCCGGAAAUCAACGGAAACAUCUAUUACCGAGUUUUGCUACAAAAGCAUGGAUUCAUCCCUCGAGGGGAACUCAUAAACUUUUCCUAAAACAAGGACAGUUCAGAAUCUGUUCAAAAUCCCCCAACAGCUUUCUUGGUCGCCAAGUACAUGCUGUGUCACGCUCCAGGUUUGAAAUUCAAGCGGUACUCUAUCACAAAACCAAGAACCCUUUCGAAGUGAAAAUUUGCAAAAAAAAAAAUUAAGUUUAUGGCUGCUCUAAUACUACAGGUGACUAAAAACUCAGGAGGAUCGAUAAUUCUUAGUUUUGAAUUUUGGUGACGUCAUGUAAAAACCGAGAAUAUGCCCCCCUACGGCCCCGUAUAUGCCUUAAUCCGAGCCAUUUCUGGGUUCCAUGAAACUCUCACUCUCAAAACGAGGCCAAGUGCCAAACCUUUCUUGUGAAAAUGAGUUUUAUUUGCAUGAGAAUAAAAAUACAGUGUACAGGUAACAGUGGGCUAAAUACAUGUAAGCAUAAACAGCAGGUCAAACACUGACCAUGAUCCUCAAGAUAUUCUUUUGCACUGUAGAAUGUCAAUAAAAUUGGCUAAAAAUUGAGAAACAGAAAAUUAAAGUCCUCUGAAAAGUUUAUUGAUUGAGAUGUCAAAGCUGCGCGUAUCAGUAAAACCCCGGUUGCGUGACACCUUAACAGGAAUACAACGCACCGGAAUAAGUGGGAUGAAAAGGUCAAAGUUUCAACAUUCAACUUCUAGUAUAAUUUUCAAAAAUGGUGACAAACAAAAGCGAAUACAACGCUGCGAAUAGCUUUUAAAAGCGAAAAGAUGUAAUUUGUAAUAGAAUUAAGUAAAGAUAUGGUCCAUCUGAGCUCAUAAAUUUAGACAAGUACCGUGUGCAGAACACAUUGUUCGACAUUGUUGACAUGAUAUCUACGUAUCCCAUUGACUUUUUUGACAUAAUUGAACACUGUUGAAAAACGAUAAACAAACCUCAAGUACACAGAGAAUCGCCAAUAUUCGAUCCGUGAACGAAUGUCACAAAGUAGAUACCAUUUCCUGGGCGAGAAAAACUGUUUCCAACGCAGCACGAACGGUCAAGAAAAAGAUGAACAACGCUAUUAAUACGAAGACGGUCAAGGAAAAGAUGAACAACGCUUUUAAUACGAAGCGAUCGAGAAAAAGAUGAAUAACACUUUACAUGACCAGAGGCUGCAGAGGCAAACGUGUGCUAGCGUCUCAAAGCGAGGCACAUGUGUGUCGACACAAAAUCUCGCCAGUUCACUGCACAGGGAACCCAAAGAAAAUAGGGGUUGCGUUCUCGUACCUCGAAUGCAAAUAGUUUUAGAUGACGGAACGGCUUCUAAUUACAUCCUUCGACGUCAAAUGCGUGACGACAAGCACUCAAAUAAAAAGGAAGGCAAUUUUGAAAAAGAAAUUGAUGACAAAAACGCAAGAGAUUUUCAUCACUUCCUGACGAUAUUACUUCCUUUCUCGUAAACUAACGAAAAUUUGACAAACCGGGUGUAACAACAAUUGAUUGUUGUUUUCCUGGCUCAGAGUAUAACUCGAGUCAUCCAUGGCCAGCUCCCUAAUCCAGUUUAAAUACAGUAAUUGUGUUAAUAAAAAAUUUUAUUAGCUCAGCAUAAUAAUUUAUCACGUGCCUCGAGGAUUCAAGUGAAAAUCAAUGACUCUUAGCGUUUCUAACCAAUCAGAAGCCUUAGAGGAAGUUUGGCGUAGAAAUCUUCCCUGACGUCAUAAUUAGAAACCAAAAUAACUGCACCGCUCUGAUAGAAUAAAUUGAGGUUAUUCAACAGUUGUCUCUCAUUCCCAAGUUUUACUACCCAGUCCUUAAUCUAACAUCGAACAUUUCAUCCACUCUAGGUACGUCAAAGCAAGCCGGUUACUCAGAGUUGAUUUUUACAAAGGUAUGUUGUAAUUAUAAGUGAUGACUUCGCCAAAAUAUACUUUAACCACUUUUCUCUCGCAAAUUGAUACAGCCUCGUCCGAUAAAAAAAUACUCAUACAAACUUUUUUAAGUCAAUAUGGAUAAUUAACAACUAGUUUACGCGUCAGGCAUGCAUUCCUGGUUGAGAUCUAGCGGCAAGUUUGAGGAACAAGUAACACGCGUAAAAGCUGCUCGAGGCGAAACCGUAAGGGCAGUUCUAACUUCUUCAGCUCUCAGAGAAAUUCCCAAGUCCUUCAUAUCUUGAUAAACGCGCAGCUGACGCAAGAAACAAUUGUUUUAUAACAUUUUCAACGCGGUGGUUUAAAGAUCAAAAUUCCCUUUGCUACGCUUCAAUGCGUACAAACACGUCAUCAGCGUGCACAAUAUAAUGGGAAUGUAAAGCACGUUCACAAAUUUACCAGCUAUGCAACAAUUAAUGCAUGCAAUAUUAUUUUUUGCAAGUGAAACCCAACUUGGUGGUGAUAUCUGCGACAGAAUACAAAGCUCUGUGAAAUAGAAAAUUACUUAUUUACUAGAGUUGUUCCUUGAUAGGAAUCGGCUAUUACAUUCACUUCAAGUUUCAAUCGGCAUUCAAUACUGCUAUUUGGUAAACAGGUGUUUGAAAUGGUCUAACUUCUGAAUCAGCACGUAUUUUACAGUGCUACUCUAGAGAAAAUUAGCUCAUGGACAGUUCCUCAUGAUCAAUUAUUAAACCAAAACUUGAUUCAAAUUAGGCACCUGCACCUCUCUCAUUACAUCUGGUAUAUGGAAAUAGUAGAGACGCAGAUUUUUUUAUUCUAGAUGAAUAAAGAGCUACUAUUUUAUUCAGAAGUGACGAACUUGAAAACCUUAGGUUUUCAUGAUUCAGGAUGGACACACUGUGGUGUCAUCUCUCUAAGAUUUCAAAAAGUUACAAGGUUGAAGAAAGUUCUCCCUUUCAGCUGUCAUUAUACAUUUACUGUAAAUUAGUAAUCAAGAGAAGAACUUAAGUCUAACUGAUACGUUUGUCUAUUCUCAUCAACUUUUGCUGAAUAUUGUAUCGAUAUUGUAAGGCCGAAUUACAUAUUGAUCUCAAUGCGGUUGAAAAGGGUCAAGAGAGACUGAGACGGUGUGUCAGUCAGCACGUAUUUGUGAGAAAGAGUUGAAUAGAUUGGGCAACUCAUGGACCAAGCGUCUUCUUUUCUCACUGUAAAACUGAGGCCUUACCUUGCCUCUCCAUUCAGAAUAAAAAGCAAACAUCAGCUGAUCUCAGUGUCAUAAUUGGACGAGACGAUAACCCCUUAAAAAAAAGGCUAUAAGUUUUGUUCAAUUGUAAUGAUUGCUUAAUCACGCUAAAUAAAGUAUUCACUUUUCAUCCCUUUGCAGAUUAACGAUUCGUGAUGUUAGCCAUCAGGAAAAAACUGGUCAUUGUAGGUGAUGGUGCUUGCGGGAAAACCUGCCUUCUGCUGGUGUUUUCCAAAGAUGAAUUUCCCGACACGCAUGUGCCGACAGUUUUCGAAAACUAUGUAGCUGAUAUGAAAGUUGAUGGGAAAAUGAUAGAGUUAGCGUUAUGGGAUACAGCCGGACAAGAAGAUUACGACAGGUUACGGCCACUGUCUUAUCCCGAUACUGAUGUUGUCCUGAUGUGCUUUUCUGUCGAUAAUCCCGAUAGUUUUGAGAACAUCCCUGAAAAAUGGGCUCCUGAAGUACGACAUUUCUGCCCAAACGUACCAAUCAUUUUGGUCGGUAACAAGAAAGAUUUAAGACACGACGACAGGGUGAAGGAAGAGCUAUCAAGUAAACCAGCGUGUGUAACGAGCGAAGAGGGUUGUCUUAUGUGUGAAAGGAUCAAAGCCCAUGCUUACAUAGAAUGUUCUGCGAAAACGAGAGAGGGAGUCAGAGAUGUGUUUGAAACGGCCGCGAAGGCUGCACUGAAAUCUAGGCGUGACAAGCCUCACCAUUGGUUUAAAUGUCGUAUGCUAUAG